AGUGGCAGGAGAGGCCAGCCAACCAGCCAAGUCUCAGGGGGUCCUUGCCUGGAGGCAGAGUCCAUAUACAAGGUUCAGUCCAGUCCUAAGGGCAGGAGCAUCUCAGCUCAGGUAGUCAGAUGGUCCGGGGGUCAAGAAAGCUGAGGAUCCAAGGUCAAGAGAAGCAAGAAGCAGCAAGGUUUGACUGAAGCAGGAAACCCUGCCUAAGAAAGCUGGAGCCAGCUGGUUCACAUCAGGAGCAAGAAGGCAGCAGCAGGUGGAGUCACUCUGCCUUCUGCUUCUUCAGGCUGCUGCUCAGCAGGUGAAGCCGAUUCCUGGCCCAUGACAAAUGGGUUGAAGAAGAAACCUGAAGGAAGAGGCCUGAGACAGGACCAGUUCCAGGUGUCGUUUGCAGGGGUUGGGCAGCAGUAUGCCAUUGGGUUGCUCUCUGAUAGGGUAGUGGGGUGGGGGAGCUGCUCCUUGGAAGCUGCACAGCAGCAGGGUUUGGCAACACGCCCUUCCAGGGGGCUUGCAGCCCUGGUGGCUUUCCAAGGAUGUCCACUGCUGCCAACCAUCUGCUUGUGAUAUCUGAACAACCCUUUACAACUGCAGUCCCCAACAAAUACCUCCUUUAGCACCCACCAAGGCACCGCUGCCCCUUCUGUUUUUUAAUGGUGUGCAGGUAUAGUUUGUUUGUUUGUAAAUGUUGACCUUGGGGGGGCAGGUUCCCUUUCUUGCCUGUGUUUUAUAUAUUUUUAGGGUGUUGGUGUUUUGCCUGUUUGGGUAGGGGUGGGAUCUGGGCACUGUCAAAUUUUCUUCUGUGCAUUAUGUGUCCAUCGUGGUUUAUUGAAUUCCACAUUUGCUCCUCAGUUCAAAAAAGUUGGAGCCCCCUGUUUUAUAGUAUUACACUUCCUUCUGGAAGCACCCCCCCCCCCCACUUUUUACUGAGCAAAUACAUAACAUUCUCACAAUAUCUUUCCUUGCCUUCCUGUAUUUUCCCUGUGCUAUUUUCAUCCUUUUUUCAGAGCACAGAAAAAGCCAACUGUUUUGGGGAGACCAGACUGCCUUGGUGCUACCUUUUCAUUUUUUAAAAACAGGUGUGGGGAGCCUGAAGCCCAGGGGCUGGAUGCGGCCCUCCAUCCCUCUCCCCAAGCCACACCCCCUCCUCAGACCACACCCCUUUCCCAGGCCACACCCCUCUGGGGUUCUGGUAUGUGUCCUUGAAGUGCAAUCCUAUCCCCGCUCAUUCCCGGAGGUCAUCUGGAGAAGCGAGAGAGGAGCUGGGCUCCUCCGCUUCCAGGCUGCAGAGAUGCAGCAGGAACCCUCACUUCCAACUGCUUGAAGCUUUUUUGCCUUGUACUGUUUUAAAUUAUGUGUGAUGGUUUUUUUGCUGUACACUACCAUGAUAUCAAAAUACAGUGGUACCUUGGUUCUCAAACUUAAUCCGUUCCGGAAGUCCAUUCCAAAACCAAGGUGCGCUUUCCCAUAGAAAGUAAUGCAAAAUGGAUUAAUCCAUUCCAGACUCUUUUUUUAAUAGAUUUUUUAUUAAAGGUUUAAAUAAAACAUACUAUCUUAAAAUAUAUCAUCCUUAACCCCCCCAUUUCCCCCCUCCCUCCCAUAAAACAACCCACCUCCCCACCCGACUUCCCUCAGUUCCAAUCUCUGGUUUCUCUAUGAAUGCUAUUCUCUGCAUAUUCCAGAUUUGUAUAGAUCCUUAAUUUGUCUAGCUGUUUGUUAUCAAUAAAAAGUUUUUGAUUGUUUAUUCAAAACCUGCCAAGAAGUCCAAUUCACUUUGUUGCAUCUUUAAGUACUUUGUAAAAGGUUCCCAUUCAUCUUUAAAGCCACAGUUAUCCUUGUCCCAUAGUUUGUGUGUCAGUUUUGCCAGUUCUGCAUAGUCCAUCAGUUUCUCUUGCCAUACUUCUUUCAUCAGAGUUUCCUCAGUCUUCCAUCCUUGUGCUAUUAAGACUCUCGCAGCCGUUGUCGCAUACAUGAAGAUGUUUUUCAGCUUCUUUGGCAGGUCUUUCCCUACAAUCCCUAGCAAAAAUGCUGCAGGUUUUUUGACAAAUGUUAGAUGGAACAUUUUCUUCAAUUCAUUGUAUAUCAUUUCUCAAUUUUUAAAAAUUAAAUUACAAUCCCACCACAUAUGAUAAAAAGUACCCUCCUUUUCCUUGCACUUCCAACAUAUAUUUGAGCUAGCUUUGUACAUUUUCCCUAGCUGCACUGGUGUCAUAUACCAUCUGUACAUCAUCUUCAUAUAAUUCUCCCUCAGCAGAGAACAAUCUGUAAUUUUAGGUCAAUUUUUUAUAAUCUUUCCCAAUCUUCCAUCAUGAUGUUGUGACCUACAUCUUGUGCCCAUUUGAUCAUGACUGAUUUUACCUCUUCAUCUUUCGUCUCCCAUUCUAGCAGUAUGCUGUAUGUGGCCUUCAGUAAUUUCAAUUUCCCUUCAAUCACUUCGGUUUGAAACCUAGAUCUUGUAUAGCGAAAUCCUUUCUUACUAUCUUCUUUAUAUGUUUCGUUUAAUUGUUCAUAGUGCAACCAACCGGAAGUCCGUUCCAAAACCAAGGUGCGCUUUCCCAUAGAAAGUAACACAAAAUGGAUUAAACUGUUCCAGACUUUUAAAAACAACCCCUAAAACAGCAAUUUAACAUGAAUUUUACUGUCUAACAAGACCAAUGAUCCAUAAAAUGAAAGCAAUAAUCAGUGUUCUGUACUAUAAAAUAAAUAAGACGGCAUUGUAGAUGAUAAAAAUUAAAAUUAAUUUUUUUCUUACCUGCGCUGAUGAUAGUCGUUGUUUGGAUGAGGAGCUUUUAUCCAUUUCCGCAGUCACACAAUCCAUCAAUCAUAAAACAAAAAACAAGCCACAGGCACAAAAAUGAAAAAGCCACACAAACAAAAACACAAAAAUAGCAAAAACAAAAGCACCAAAUAUCACCUCAGAACACUGCAAUCAGAAACGGAAGGCUUUAAUUACGAUGGGGGGGGACUUAAAUGAGCUGCGCAAGGGUAAAAGUGAAAGCUCAGGAGCCUGUUCAGCUUCCGAGGCAAAGUUCGAAAACUGGAACACCUACUUCCUUGUUUGCAGCUUUCGAGUUCCGAGUUGUUUGGGAACUAAGCUGUUCGAAAACCAAGGUACCACAUUUGCAGAAUUCUACUCCAACCUAUACACCUCCCAUAACCCACCAGAGAAGGAAAUCAGAACAUUUCUAGCAGGACUGACCAUGCCUACCCUAACUGAUGAGGAACAGGAAUUCAUGGACAGCCCUAUCACCCCAGAGGAAAUAGACGCGGUCCUCAAAAACCUGAAACCACACAAAGCCCCAGGCCCAGACGGCUUCACAGCAGAAUUCUAUAAGAAAUUCAAAGAACCCUUGAUGCCCUACAUGACCCGCCUAUUCAACGACAUCAUAAAAGGGGGCCCCAUCCCCAAAACCUGGACCCACUCCAAGAUAGUCUCCAUCCCCAAACCACUAAAAGACAGCCUCAAAGUAGAAUCAUACCGCCCAAUCUCAUUAAUAAACCAAGACUACAAGAUAUUCACAUCAAUCUUGGCCAACCGCCUAAAAAUCUUCCUACACAAGUUAAUAGCCCCAGACCAGACUGGCUUUGUCCCUGGCCGCAAUAUAACAGACCCCAUCAGGAAAUUACUGAACCUGAUCGAACACAGUAAGGCAACCAAACUCCCAUUGACAAUUAUGUCCCUAGACAUCCUCAAAGCCUUUGAUUGCUUGGAGUGGAAAUACAUACUAGCAGUACUAACAUGAAAUUCGGCCCCAACUUCCUACAAAUCCUCAAACAAAUAUACUCCCAAGCCUCAGCAAAAUGCAGAACUAACAAUAUGGAUUCUAACACUAUAGCUAUCCAAAGAGGCACGAAACAAGGAUGCCACUGUCUCCCUUCUUAUUUAUCCUGGCUCUGGAACCCCUAGCAAUCCGCAUCCGAGCAGCCACAGACAUCAAGGGAGUGGAAAUAAAAGGCAGAACCUAUAAAUUAGGGCUCUUUGCAGAUGACCUAAUGGUCACAACACCAGACCCCAUAAGCACAGCAACCUCCCUAAUCAGAGAACUCAACACAUUUGCAAUGGUGUCGGGCCUACAGGUAAAUUUUACAAAGUCAGAAGCUAUGUGCUUCAACACCCCUCCUCACACCCAAAAAGAACUCACGAAGGUCACCAAAAUAAAACUUUGCCACACCAAGUUCAGAUACCUAGGGGUACAAAUAACCAGAAACCUCAAUAAAUUGUACCUCCACAACUACAAGCCCCUGUGGCGACAAAUUAACAAAGACCUAAAGAGAUGGAAUAACAUGAACUUCACUCUCUCAGACAAAAUAGCCAUGAUCAAAAUGAUCACACUCCCAAAACUAAUCUACCUAUUCCAAACCCUCCCAAUCUGGAUCCCUCAACCCAACUUCGCAGUUGGCAGAGAAAACUACACUCUUUCAUCUUCUCACAUAAAAACCAAGAAUAAGCCCCAAAUACCUGCACCUCCCCACCUCAGAAGGAGGAUGGGGAAUCCCCAACAUAGAAGCAUAUUACAAUGCCAACCAAAUACGCCACAUAAUCCCAUAUAUACUAGAAGAUGAGACAAAACAAUGGGUACACCUAGAGAGGGACACAAUUGAAAACACCUGCACCACAACAUACCCACUCCUCCCAAACAAACUAAAGAAAAUUCCCACAACACUUAACAGGUACACACAGACCAUGCUCAAAGCAUGGAAAACACAAAUAGGCAAACUAUCCCCAACCCCAUCCCCACUAAUCCCCCUGGCGUACCACCCAUUAUUCCACCAUGCAGCACAAAACCUCAAGAUAAAAACCUGGCGAACCAAAGGCUUAUAUCGCCUAAUAGACUUUUAUAAAAAUAACAAACCCUUGUCAACACAAGAAAUACAAGACAAACUAGAAGACACCCAAAUGCCCUGGUUAACACAACACCAACUACAUGCCCUCUUAAACAACCCAACAGUAAAAUCAGCAGCAACUAGGCCCCUGACAACCUUUGAAAACCUCCUCCUAACAACAAAGGGAAACGGUAAAGGGACGGUAUCCGCAAUAUACAAAACACUACUCCGAAAACCAAGGUACCACUGUACUUUUAACGGAACCCAUAGACCAAGAGGCAGCCAAUGCAGGCGGAACAAGUUUGGUUAUAUUCUACUAUCUUUGAGUUCCAGGCAACUGCUUUACUGAUUCCGUAGGGGCUGUAUGGCAGCACCAUUUCCCACCAGAUGACAUUUCUAGGCUGUUUCUAAAAGCAAGUCCAAACAGAGCAUUGCAGCAAUUCAGUCUAGAAGUAAGUACUUGAGGAAAUAAGUAGAAUAAUAGAAUUGUAGUUUUGGAAGGGACCCUGAGGAUCAUCUAGUCGAGGCAGGUGAUUAGCUGUGGGAGGAGCUUAUCAGAGCUUGCAGGGCAGCAGUUGAAGAAGGAGCAAAAAGGGUUUUCUUGUGUGUGUGUGUGUGUGUGUGUGUGUUUCUUUGUGGCUGAUUGGCUGCUCUCCCUGUGCAAAGGUCAGAGGGGACAGGGUUUCUGUUGAGGCAGGUGAUUAGCUGUGGGAGGAGCUUAUCAGAGCUUGCAGGGCAGCAGUUGAAGAAGGAGCAAAAAGGGUUUUUGUGUGUGUGUGUGUGUGUGUGUGUGUGUGUUUCUUUGUGGCUGAUUGGCUGCUCUCCCUGUGCAAAGGUCAGAGGGGGCAGGGUUUCUGUUGAGGCAGGUGAUUAGCUGUGGGAGGAGCUUAUCAGAGCUUGCAGGGCAGUGGCGCACUCAGUUUGAUCCAUCUUUUAGAUUUACGGGAGCUAGUCUCAAACGUUUGUUGGGGGAGACCUAGGUUUUUUUGUGGGGGGAGUUAUUUUUCCUGUCUUCACGCUUUUUAUGAUGGAGGACCACUGUAGCCACCCCCAACGACACGUUCUCAAGAUGGAGGGGGAGGGAACAGCUGCAGUCGCCUGCGGUUCCUGCGCAAUGUUUGCCAUCUUGCCAAAGGUUGCAGGCAGCUUUACCUGCAGCAAUUGCAUGUUGAUUGCCCUCUUAAAAGACAAAGUCCAGCAACUGGAGGAACGUGUAGCUACGCUCCAAAGAAUUAGAGAGCUGGAGCUCUUCUUGGAAGCAACAGAGCACACCGUCUCCACCAAGGAGGAGACAGGGGACUACCCAGACACCGACGCUAGUUCACCAACACAGGAGCCAGAUAUAUGGAGAAACGUGACUCAAAGAAGUAGGAGGCCCAGGGUUCGCUCUGAUUGUUUAGAAAUACACAAUCGCUUUGAGGUCCUCUCCCCUAGCAUGGAAGACGAAGAGCAGACUCCAUUUGAGGAUCUCCCCUCAUUACAGUCGAUCAGGUAUAUGAAGACGAGCAGCAAAGUCAGUCCUCAGGGAAUGUGCAGGCGACCUUGGAGCGGACAGCUCACGGAAGAACCCCGACCAAACCUAAGAGGAGGCGUGUAGUGGUGAUAGGGGAUUCCCUACUGAGGGAACAGAAGCAGUGAUCUGUGGGCCUGACAAGAUGUCUCGGGAAGUGUGCUGUCUCCCGGGGCUAAGAUCCAAGAUGUAACUGAACGACUGCAAGGAAUCAUAAAACCCACUGACAAAUACCCCUUCCUCUUGGUUCAUGUGGGAACCAAUGACACUGCAAGCAAUAGCCUCCAGAAGAUCAAAAGAGACUACGAGGCUCUGGGCAGGAAAUUGAAGCAAUUAAAUGCACAAAUUGUGAUCUCAUCUGUCCUCCCAGUUGAACGACGUGGCCCAGGGAGAGAGGGGAAAAUAGUGGAAGUGAACAGCUGGCUUCGCAAAUGGUGUAAACAGGAACGGUUUGGAUUCUUAGAUCACGGACUGCAGUUUCUUGAAGAUGGACUUCUGGCAAGCGAUGGGCUGCACCUCACAACGGUUGGGAGAAAUGUUUUUGCCAAAAAUCUCAGAAACCUCAUCAGGAGGGCUUUAAACUGACUAAUGUGGGGAGGGAGACAGUGCUCCUGAAGGUAGGAGUCUAUCAAUUGAUGAAGAUGAUCAUCCAAAUGUCAUAGACCAAAUGGAGCAAACAGCACACAGACCUAGUGGUGGGAGGAAAAAAUCCUUAAAUAAGAGUCACGGGGGAAUGAUUAAUGGACUUCAAUGUCUGUACACUAAUGCGCAAAGAAUGGGAAAUAAACAAGAUGAGCUUGAGCCCUUGGUACAGCAAACUAAAUAUGACAUAAUAGGCAUCACUGAAACCUGGUGGGAUAAGUCCCACAAUUGGAAUGUAAUAAUGGGGGGAUACAAUCUAUUUCAGAGAAACAGACCAGACAAGAAAGGAGGAGGAGUGGCGUUAUAUGUCAGGGAUGUGUAUACCUGUGAAGAGAUCCAAGAUUUAGAACCUCAAAGCCAAAGUGAGAGCAUUUGGGUCAAAAUUAAGGGAGAGAAGAAUAACAGUGACCUCAUUGUGGGAGUUUACUAUAGAUCCCCAAGCCAAACGGAGGACAUAGAUGAUGCCUUCCUGGAACAGAUGGCCAAGCAUGCAAAAGGAAGGGAGAUAGUAGUAAUGGGGGACUUCAAUUACCCGGAUAUUUGUUGGAUGUCAAACUCAGCCAAGAGCAUAAGGUCAAACAGAUUCCUCACUGGCCUUGCAGACAACUUCAUUGUGCAGAAAGUGGGAGAAGCAACAAGAGGAACAGCCAUUUUAGAUCUGGUCCUAACCAAUGUUGAUGACCUGGUUAGUGGGGUAGAAGUGGAAGGAUCAUUAGGCGCGAGUGAUCAUGCUCUUCUGAAGUUUACUAUACAGCGGAAAGGAGUAGCCAAGCAUACUAGGACUCAAUUUCUUGACUUUAAGAAAGCUGACUUCAUAAAACUUAGGGAAGUGCUGGGUGAGAUCCCAUGGACAGUAAUACUAAAAGGAAAGGGAGUUCAUGAUGGCUGGGAGUUUGUUAAGAGGGAGAUACUAAAAGCACAACGUCAGGCAAUACCAAUGAGACGGAAACAUGGAAGGUGCCUAAAGAAGCCAGGGUGGCUAUCUAAAGAGCUUUUAACUGAGUUAAGAUUAAAGGAUGUGUACAAAAAAUGGAAAAGGGGCGAAACCACCAAAGAGGAAUUCAAACAAAUAGCCAGCACGUGUAGACACAAAGUCAGAAAAGCUAAAGCACAGAAUGAACUCAGGCUUGCUAGAGAUGUUAAAAGCAACAAAAAAGGCUUUUAUGGGUAUGUUCGUAGCAAAAGGUAGAACAAAGAAACAGUGGGGUCACUCAGAGGAGAAGAUGGUGAAGUGCAAACAGGGGACACAGAAAGAGCUGAACUCCUCAAUGCCUUCUUUGCCUCAGUCUUCUCCGAUAAAGAAAACAAUGCCCGACCUGAAGAAUUUGGAGCAAAUGAUUCAGCAAAGGAAACACAGCCCAGAAUAACUAAGGAGAUAGUACAAGAAUACUUGGCUAGUUUAGAUGUAUUCAAGUCUCCAGGGCCAGACGAACUGCAUCCAAGAGUAUUAAAAGAACUGGCAGAUGUGAUCUCAGAACCACUGGCAGUCAUCUUUGAGAAUUCCUGGAGAACAGGCGAAGUCCCGGCAGACUGGAGGAGGGCAAAUGUUGUCCCUAUUUUCAAAAAGGGGAAAAGAGAGGACCCAAAUAAUUACCGCCCAGUCAGUCUGACAUCAAUUCCAGGAAAGAUUCUGGAGCAGAUCAUUAAGCAAACAGUCUGUGAGCACCUAGAAAGGAAUGCUGUGAUCACCAAUAGUCAGCAUGGAUUUCUGAAAAAUAAGUCAUGUCAGACUAACCUGAUCUCGUGUUUGACAGAAUUACAAGCCUGGUAGAUGAAGGGAACGCAGUGGAUGUAGCCUACCUUGAUUUCAGCAAGGCAUUUGACAAGGUGCCUCAUGAUAUUCUUGUAAAGAAGCUGGUAAAAUGUGGUCUUGACUAUGCUACCACUCAGUGGAUUUGUAACUGGCUGACUGACCGAACCCAAAGGGUGCUCAUCAAUGGUUCCUCUUCAUCCUGGAGAAGAGUGACUAGUGGGGUGCCACAGGGUUCUGUCUUGGGCCCGGUCUUAUUCAACAUCUUUAUCAACGACUUGGAUGAUGGACUCAAGGGCAUCCUGAUCAAAUUUGCAGAUGACACUAAAUUGGGAGGGGUGGCUAACACCCCAGAGGACAGGAUCACACUUCAAAACGACCUUGACAGAUUAGAGAACUGGGCCAAAACAAACAAGAUGAAUUUUAACAGGGAGAAAUGUAAAGUAUUGCACUUGGGCAAAAAAAUGAGAGGCACAAAUACAAGAUGGGUGACACCUGGCUUGAGAGCAGUACAUGUGAAAAGGAUCUAGGAGUCUUGGUUGACCACAAACUUGACAUGAGCCAACAGUGUGACGCGGCAGCUAAAAAGCCAAUGCAAUUCUGGGCUGCAUCAAUAGGAGUAUAGCAUCUAGAUCAAGGGAAGUAAUAGUGCCACUGUAUUCUGCUCUGGUCAGACCUCACCUGGAGUACUGUGUCCAGUUCUGGGCACCACAGUUCAAGAAGGACACCGACAAACUGGAACGUGUCCAGAGGAGGGCAACCAAAAUGGUCAAAGGCCUGGAAACGAUGCCUUAUGAGGAACGGCUAAGAGAGCUGGGCAUGUUUAGCCUGGAGAAGAGGAGGUUAAGGGGUGAUAUGAUAGCCAUGUUCAAAUAUAUCAAAGGAUGUCACAUAGAGGAGGGAGAAAGGUUGUUUUCUGCUGCUCCAGAGAAGCGGACACGGAGCAAUGGAUCCAAACUACAAGAAAGAAGAUUCCACCUAAACAUUAGGAAGAACUUCCUGACAUUAAGAGCUGUUCGACAGUGGAAUUUGUUGCCAAGGAGUGUGGUGGAGUCUCCUUCUUUGGAGGUCUUUAAGCAGAGGCUUGACAACCAUAUGUCAGGAGUGCUCUGAUGGUGUUUCCUGCUUGGCAGGGGGUUGGACUCGAUGGCCCUUGUGGUCUCUUCCAACUCUAUGAUUCUAUGAUUCUAUGAUUCUAGUCCAACCCGCUGCAAUGCAGGAAUAUGCAGCUGUUCCAUACAGAGAUUAAACCUGCAACCUUGGCACUAUGAGCACCACACUAUAACCAACUGAGCUUGAGAUCUUCUCCAUGAGAACAAGCAUUAUGGUAUUCUUAUGGAGAAAGAGAGUGCUAGAACAACCAUUUUAAUUCUGCAUUCUGCUGAUUUUGGAAAUGUGAUGCCUUAGCAGCACACAAAGGCUCAGGUGCAGAGGCACCUUCUACGUCCUCAUGUAGCAGGUGAGCUGAGCUGUGCCUUACUGUUAGAAGAACCUGACUUUGCAGUCAGGUUAUAAAAUGGAAGGCACAUCAGUGGAUCAUGGGAAUUUUAGUUUUCAAAAAAGAGUAGAUGCUGGAAAUUGAGCCCCUCAGGUCGGAAGGCGUCCAACAUGCUACUGAGGAAGAUGGACAGGUCAUAGUGGAGAGUUUUGACCAAACGUGAUCCACCUGAAGCAGGAACCGGCAAGCCACUCUGGUAUCCCUGCCAAGAAAACUCCAUGGACCAAGACAACAGGCAUAUAAAGCUUAUGACACUGGAAGAUGAGUCCCUCAGGUCCCAAGGCGUCCAACAUGCUACUGAGGAAGAGCGGAGGACAAGUACAAGUAGAUUCAGAGCUGAUGAAGCGGCUGGGCCAAAGCCGAAAGGUCACUCAGUUGCGGAUAUGCCUGGAAGCGAAAGAAAAGUCCAAUGCUGUAAUGAAAAAUAUUGCAUAGGAACCUGGAAUGUAAGAACUAUGAAUCUUGGUAAGUUGGAUGUGGUAAAAAAUGAGAUGGCAAGAAUAAAUAUUGACAUCCUGGGCAUCAGUGAAUUAAAAUGGAUGGGAAUGGGCGAAUUCAGUUCGGAUGACAAUCUACUACUGUGGGCAAGAAUCCCGUAAAAGAAAUGGAGUGGCCCUCAUAGUCAACAAAAGAGUGGCGGGAGCUGUACUGGGAUGCAAUCUCAAAAAUGAUAGAAUGAUCUCGAUACGAAUCCAAGGCAGACCUUUUAACAUCACAGUAAUCCAAGUUUAUGCACCAACCACUGGUGCUGAAGAAACUGAAAUUGACCAAUUCUAUGAAGACUUACAACACCUUAUAGAAGUGACACCAAAGAAGGAUGUUCUUCUCAUUAUAGGGGAUUGGAAUGCUAAAGUAGGGAGUCAAGAGACAAAAGGAACAACUGGCAAGUUUGGCCUUGGAGUUCAAAAUGAAGCAGGGCAAAGGCUAAUAGAGUUCUGCCAAGAGAACAAGCUGGUCAUCACAAACACUCUUUUCCAACAACACGAGACGACUCUACACAUGGACAUCACCAGAUGGGCAGCAUCGAAAUCAGAUUGAUUAUAUUCUCUGCAGCCAAAGAUGGAGAAGCUCUAUACAGUCAGCAAAAACAAGACCUGGAGCUGACUGUGGCUCAGAUUAUCAGCUUCUUAUAGCAAAAUUCCAGCUUAAACUGAAGAAAGUAGGAAAAACCACUGGACCGGUAAGAUACAAUAUAAAUCAAAUCCCUUAUGAAUACACAGUGGAAGUGAGGAACAGGUUUAAGGAUUUAGAUUUGGUGGACAGAGUGCCUGAAGAACUAUGGAUGGAGGCUCGUAACAUUAUACAGGAGGCAGCAACUAAAACAAUCCCAAUGAAAAGGAAAUGCAAGAAAGCAAAGUGGCUGUCCAACGAGGCCUUACAAAUAGUGGGGGAGAGAAGGCAAGCAAAAUGCGAGGGAGAUAGUGAAAGAUACAGGAAAUUGAAUGCAUAAUUCCAAAAAAUAGCAAGGAGAGACAAGAAGGCCUUCUUAAACGAGCAAUGCAAAGAAAUAGGGGAAAACUUAUGGCUUAUGUGUGUGGUACGGAAGCUGUACUACCCAGGACAGGAUGGGGUUGUGCAGGGUUGUUAAGGCAGCAGAGAGCAUUGUUGGCUGCCCACUCUCCACCUUAGAGCAGAUUUAUGCCACAAGGUGCCAUAGGAAGGCACUGGACAUAGUAAAAGAUCCAUCGCAUCCUGGUCACUGUCUCUUCGAGCUCUUGCCGUCGGGACGGAGAUACAGGACGAUGAAGACAAGAACGAGCCGUCUUAAGAACAGCUUCUUCUCCAGAGCGAUCUCGGCCCUGAAUGGGAAGCCCGGACUUUGAAAGUCAUCUAAUCUCCCUUGCUGUAUUAUACUGUAUUGUUUAAUUGGUGUUUUUAUGGAGCAGUCAAGUAAUUUCGUUGUCCCCGAAGGGGGCAAUGACAAUAAAGAUAUUAUUAUUAUUAUUAUUAAAAAAACAACAGGAUGGGAAGAACCAGAGAUCUGUUCAAGAAAAUUGGAGAUAUGAAAGGAACAUUUUGUACAAAGAUUACCAUAAUAAAGGACAAAAGUGGAAAGGACCUAACAGAAGCAGAAGACAUCAAGAAGAGGCGGCAAGAAUACACAGAGGAACUAUACCAGAAAGAUAUGGAUCUCGUACACCCCAGGUAGUGUGGUGCUGACCUUGAGCCAGACAUCCUGGAGAGUGAAGUCAAAUGGGCCUUAGAAAGCACUGCUAAUAACAAGGCCAGUGGAAGUGAUGGUAUUCUAUUUAAAAUUUAAAAAUUUAAACAAUGAUGCUGUUAAGGUGCUACACUCAAUAUGCCAGCAUCUUAAAAAGCAGAGACAUCACCUUGCCAACAAAGGUCCAUAUAGUUAAAGCCAUGGUUUUCCCAGUAGUGAUGUAUGGAAGUGAGAGCUGGACCAGAAAGAAGGCUGAUCGCCAAAGAAUGGAUGCUUUUGAAUGAUGGUGCUGGAGGAGACACACAACUCGCCCACAACUAUGGAGGGGUACGAAAGGCUGCUUCACUCCUUUUUUAGAGUUGUCCAGGAUAGCCUGACUUUCACAAAGCUUUUGGGCAGAAUUCUUCGCCCGAGGCCGCCGAAUAAACCGCGCAGUUCCUGCCCCCCGGAGAGCAGGCAGCGGAGGAAUCGGUUUGGCGUUGUCCCGACCGAGACGGGGCUUCCCUGAGGGCCGAGCGCUGAGGGGGCGCCUGGUGCCCACGGGGGAGCGGAAGGGCAAGCGGCCAAGCCUCUCCCAGGGCGGCCCCGGCCCGGCUCCGUGACGAGCGCGGCCCCUCGCCGCCCCCAGGAGGCCGGCCCGGAAAGGGGGCCGGGCGGCGGCGGCGGGAGUUUCCCCGACCCUCGUGAGCGGAGCCUUUCCCGGAACCGCCUCGGGGCGUAUAAACCUCGGGCGAGAGGCUUCGGGCGCCACAAGCGGAUGCUCCGGCGGCAGCCUGGCGGGACUGACUCGGCGUCGCCCGCGCCCGCUCCGCGCCAUGCCGCGCCCGCUCCGCGCCAUGCCGCGCCUGCCCGCCGCCCUCCUCCUGCUCGCCUCGGCCGCUUGCUCCGCCGCGCAAGGUAAGGGGGCGAAGGGAGUCGGCCUUCCGGGCGCCCCUGUCCGCCUGUCCCGCCGGUCCCGGGGCGGGCGAGGGCGAGGCUCGGAGGCCUAGACCGCGUGCUCGCCGUUUUAGAAGAAGGGGCGAAGGGUCAGAAAUGCACUCUCCGCAUGCUCAGAGGCACUUUCUCUGAGCCAGACUUCACAGGGUUGCGCCACGGCAUUGAAAAGAGGUUGGACAGGACUUGGAGAGGGCUUCUUUGAUUUCGGGCUCUCGGCUUUCCCCUGCUUGCUGGCCCCUCCAGGCUUGAGGAGGGAAGGGGGUGCCGUGAAUCGCCCAGCCUCCCCUUCUCUUGGGCGGAGGUGCAGGGUUGCACCUUUCUUAGCUGGGGGAAACCCUGAGUUUUGCUUGACCUUGGUGUGAUGCUUCCUGGAAUGAGAAAAGCAGCAGCAAUUCAUUUCUGGCUACUUUCACACAAACAGCUGAGUGUACUUUUUCCUCCUCGAACAUAUUUUUUUUUUACUCAUAAAGAAGGUACCUUCUGCCUGAUUCUGUGAGUGAACUGAUUAGUAUAUCUAUGGAAGGACUCAGGAGUGUGAGAAGUGAAUGAAAAUGAAUUCAUUCUAUGGUUCAUGAACUCUAGUAGUGCAAAAUUACAAGAAGGAAACAAGAAAGAUGUAAAUGCAGCUGGCUUCAAUUAAAAUUUCAGUUAGAGCAGAUGAAACAGACACAGUUGUGAAACUUUAAAAAAAAUUGCUAUGGUGCCAAAGUAUGAGUUCACAUUCACUAAGAGCAAAUCACAACAUACACACCAUUCCAAUCUCUGGUGGAAACAUUCUCUGGUUCUGUGAUUGUUUGGGUCCUGUUGGGCAGCCACCUCAAGCUCAGCUCAAUGUAGGUAAAAUGUCCAGGAGGGCAAAAGCCCAGGGUUCAAACACAUGCUUUGAAUGCAGAACAGCCCAGGUCCACUUCCUGGUAGAAUCACUAGCUAGAAGGAUCCCAGGUCCCAAGGCUGGAGAGUCACUAUCGAGACCUUGGAGAGAACUGCUAGGCAGAGGGCAGGUCUUCUGACUGGUCUCUGGGUUUGCAGCUUUCUGACUCCCAGCUGUUUUUAAAGCAACAUUUCUUUUUCUGUCUAAAAUUAGAAUGGUGAGAUGAAGAAAGCUAAACAAUAAGUAGACCUUUUUGUGUGUGUGUAAAAGGACGUGAUCAGAACUCAGUUCAGUUCUGGUACUAAAAAGAAAUCCCUAGAAGAAGAACAUGCUCAGAUCUUUAAUUCUAACUGUAUGUCUUUUGCACCUGCCUCUGGUUUGUAGAUCUUGGGGUUCUUAUUAAAAACAAGGUAUUUCUAACAAGCUUGAAGUUUGCCUACUCUUGGCCACUCUCUAGAUGAACCAGCUGUCUGACAGCUUCAUAUGUUCAUGUCCCCGGGCCCAGAGAGAAUUCUCUCCCAGCAUUGUGUUUGCAUUCUUGCUGCCUUGUAGAUAUCCACUGCAUUUGUCUUAAGAGUGGAGACACAGUUUUGCUUCACUGGUUCAGAGAACACAGCCUUUGGAAGCGGGUGCAUCUCUGGAGUUACAUAGAACAGAGAAUGGGGGGGGGGGAAUAGCUAACAAACCAACCCACAAAUUUAUAUAAUGAAAAUACUCAGCACUAAAGCCAUUUUGUACUUUAGUCUUCCUUGUGGAAUUCCAAAUGCCUAUUUUCCCUCAAUUCAAAUGACCCCUCUCCCCCAUAUGUAUUGAUGUAUGGGAGUUGAGAGGAGCUGGAUUGAGAUACACAGACAUAAUAUGCUCAUCAGAAAGGCAAGAUUAGUUGUGCACCAGGGGUGGGGAGCCAUUUUCAGCCUGAGGGGGACUGCAUGGCAAGGCCAGACGCAAAAGGUGAGCAGAGCAAUGGGUGUGACUCUAAUCUUUGCACAGAACGCGUUCCAGCCGCACAAGAAUCGGGGGUUUCCACACGCACGUCCUCCCUGUCCAGGCGCAUGGGAGGCAUCGUCACAGUUUAAGGCAGGGAAACGCACUGGGGGGUGGUUCAGAACAGGGCCAGAUAGAGGUUGUGGCCUGGGGAAACUCCCCAGAGACGAAGUCUGGAAUGCCCAGCCCUGAGCGGCACUCAGUGGCAAAUACAAGUUGCUGCCAUGUGGCUUUCAAAAACUUUUUCACUCUGAUACAGACAUGAUGCAGACCAUAUCAGUCUUGCCAUCUGGCAAGCCCAGGACCUCCGUACAAAUGCCCCAGGGAGGUCAUUUUGGUGCUGCUAACACAUUUUAAAAAUGCAGGAAGCAGUAGUUACCAGUUACCAGUUUCUGCAGCCACAGCAGACACUAUGAUUCUCCAGCAGUUUGACUUCACCCCUGGUGAUGCCUUCUCCCUCGAGACAAAUGGAUGCCAGCAACAACUCCUAGUUGUGUGUGCAGAGGAUUGCAACCCUAAUCAUGAAUGUUCGGCAUCACGUGUAGGUGCAUCCCUUUGCCAGACAAAACAGGCAGUGUUUGAUGACAGGCUUCCAAAAACUGGUGCCCUCCAGAUACUAGACUAAAAGAAUCAUAGAAUCAUAGGAUUUUAGAGUUGGAAGGGACCCUGAGGGUCAUCUAGUCCAACCCUCUGCAAUGCAGGAAUCUCAGCUAAAGCAGCCAUGACAGAUGGACCAUACAAUCUCUGCUUAAAAGCCUCCAACGAAGGAGCGUUCACCACCUCCUGAGGGAGAUUUCAACUCCCAUUGGUGAAUACAGUGGUACCUCGGGUUAUAAACACCUCGGGUUACAGACUCUGCUAACCCAGAAGUAGUACCUCUGGUUAAGAACUUUGCUUCAGGAUGAGAACAGAAAUCACGCAGCGGCGGCAGCAGGAGGCCCCAUUAGCUAAAGUGGUACCUCAGGUUAAGAACAGUUUCAGGUUAAGAACGGACCUCCAGAACGAAUUAAGUUUGUAACCCGAGGUACCACUGUAGUUAGGAAUGAUGGGAGUUGUAGUAGUUGGAAUAUCUAAAGGACAUCAGGUUGGGAGGCUUGGGCUACAGUAUUGAGUUUGCAUGUGGAAAGUCCAGAUUCAGCUCUGCCUCCCCACCUUCGCCAUGAAGGCUGCUCGUGUUUGUCACCUCUCCACUGCGCCAAAAUGCUUUUCUGAGUGGCAUUGUUAUAUACCCAACACAAACUUUUAUAUCCUUUUUGCCACACUCAGGGUUUUUUUUUGGGGGGGGGUAUAUUUUAGUGUCUGUGAAUUGUUGAGCACUUAACUUUCUCAAUGUGACUUAACUUAUUGAGUAGACGUUAUGAUAGACGUAUAGGGUUGCACUCUUAAAAAGUUGCUUUAAGCACCCUGCCAUGUUCACAGUUCAUAACUAAAAGGGGAUUUCUCCCUAUCAUUCUCCACUCCCAACCACAGCGAAUGUGAUUAUAGGGUCCAUGCUGAAUACUCCAUUGAGUCAUGAGGAAUCCUAGGUGUUCAGAGCUGGGGGGUAAGGUGGGCAAGGUUUGAAUUACGAUAUUACUCCUUUUGUGGGGGUGAAUAAGCUGCACUGUUACUGGGUUUUUUAAAGCAGUUAUCUUCCUAUUCUAAAUUAAGCUGUCAGCCUUAAAGUGGAACCCACCACCUCACAAAAUAAAAAUCCCAAUUCAUUUUUGACUUCACUCCUGAGGUGCACUCUUCCAUUGUCUCCUGAGACAGACAGAUGCCAACCAUACGAUACUUGUUUUCCCUUAUGGGACAAAUACUACUUUGGGAGGGAGGCAGUCUAAAGCUCUUCUUCAGCGCCCCCCCCCCCAGCUGCUAAGUUUUUGUUUUAAAGAGACAUCUAAUCACAGAUUCCCCAUAGUCCUUCAAAGUGUUUCCCCAAAACAAACAUCUGCUUAAGUGAGGUCCUGAGAAAUUAGCAUUUCACUCUGAGUUAUGUGAAUGGAAGUUUCCAGAUUGAAGGUCCCAGUACUAUUACCAGUAUUUCAGUUUAUUUGCAAAGUGAGAUUAUUGGGAUGGAAGGGUUAGAUGUAGAUAAGGAAUAUUUCUUCUGGGGAGAUAGCAACCACGACUGGACCUAACGAUCAGGGGUCCCUUUACUUUUACCUUUAUACGCAUGUUGGCAGAGUUAGGUUCCUCUGUGUUUUCUGCGGCUUGCGCUCCCUAGUCUGUGUGUUUGUGUAGCCUUGCAUUCCAAGGGUUUGAUGUAUUCCUCCUUCCCGCCCCAGUAUUUCUUCUUGUAAUUCACUUGGUGAGUUGAGCCAUUCCUGGAAAGGGUCUGAUUUUCUUUCAGCACUUAUCAGAAUAAGGAGCGGCAGGGAAUUCCUCUUCUUGAUCUACUGGCAGCAGUUUAAAGAGCAAGUCAAAAAGUGAGUCAUUAAACAAAGGAAAAAGGAAGCCUAAAAGUCUCCUCAAAGGAGAUUUAAAGUCACACCUAAAGCAUGUCUAUCACAGUGCCUCUGUUCUUAAUUCUCAGGAAUCAUGGGGGAGGGAGGAGAAGGCAUUGGUUCCUCGUACAGAAGCCUCUGUUUAAAAAUAGAAGCAAAAGGACUCCAGUAUUUCAAUGGCUAAUCAGUACCAUUAAUGGAUUUAAAUCAGGCAUAGGCAAACUCUGACUCUCCAGAUGUUUGGGACUACAAUUCCCAUCAUCCCUGACCACUGGUCCUGAUAGCUAGGGGUGAUGGGAGUUGUAGUCCCAAACAUCUGGAGGGCCGGAGUUUGCCUAUGCCUGAUUUAAAAUAUCAUUUGUUGUUGUUGGCAUCCGUCUGUCUCAAUGGACACAAUGGAGUGCGCCUCUUGGGGGGGAGUCAAACCGCUGGAGAAUCAUAGCGCCUGCUGUGGCUGCAGAGACUGGUAACUGGUAACUGCUGACUCCUGCGUUGUAUUUGCUGUGUUCGCAGCCCCGAAGUGACCUCUGUGGGGCACAAGCUUGGAUAGUAUGUAUGAAGGUCCUGGGCUGCCCAGACAACAAGACCCCCUCUCCCGGCCUCACUGAUGUGGUCCAAAGGAAAGCAGAGCGAUACUCUUGGUACCAGCUGGCUGCAAGAGUUGCCGGAAAGAGGCAUACAAGGCCAAAAUCUUUUGGACUCCACUCCUUGGUGUGUGGAGUACCUCAGGGUGCGAUACUCUCCCCGAUGCUUUUCAACAUCUUUAUGCGCCCCCUCGCCCAGCUUGUUCGGAGUUUUGGGCUGGGUUGCCAUCAGUAUGCUGAUGACACCCAACUCUAUCUGCUGAUGGAUGGCCAUCCUGACUCGGCCCCAGACACACUGACCAGAUGUUUGGAAGCUGUGGCUGGAUGGUUACGUGGGAGCCGGUUGAAGCUAAAUCCUUCGAAGACAGAGGUCCUGUGGCUGGGACGGGACGAUAUGGUAUUGGGGGGGCAACUCCCAUCUCUUGCGGGGGCGCAAUUAAUGCCAGCACCGUCCGUUAAGAGUUUGGGUGUAAUCUUCGACACCUCCCUUUCCAUGGAGGCACAGAUGGCAGCUACAACAAAGGUGGCAUUUUUCCAUCUCCGCCAAGCUAAGCAGUUGGCUCCUUACCUCUCUUGCCCUGACCUAGCCACUGUGAUCCACGCGACAGUCACCUCCAGACUGGAUUAUUGUAACUCGCUCUACGUGGGGCUGCCCUUGAGACUGACCCAGAAACUCCAGCGGGUCCAGAAUGCUGCAGCGAGACUCCUUACGGGGUCUUCGCUGCGAGAUCACAUUCACCCGGUGCUAUACCAGCUGCACUGGCUCCCGGUGGAGUACAGGAUCAGGUUUAAGGUGCUGGUUUUAACCUUUAAAGCCCUAUACGGCCUAGGACCUACGGGACCGCCUCUCCUGGUAUGCCCCACAGAGAAACAUACGGUCUUCAAAUAAAAACAUCUUGAAGGUCCCAGGCCACAGAGAAGUUAGGCUGGCCUCAACUAGAGCCAGGGCUUUUUCGGCUGUGGCUCUGAUCUGGUGAAACACUCUGUCACAAGAGACCAGGGCCCUGCGGGACUUGACAUCUUUCCACAGGGCCUGCAAGACAGAGCUGUUCCACCAGGCCUUUGGCCAGGGCACAGCCUGACUCCCUUCCUCGGCAAUCUUCGCGGAGCUCUGGCCCAAUGGUUGCCAGUGGCUUGAAUUAAUUAACUUUAUAAUGAAUGAUUUUAGAGUGUUGUUUAUGCUGUACUUUUGUAUUGUUUUAUUGUUGUUAGCCGCCCUGAGCCCGGCUUCGGCUGGGGAGGGCGGGAUAUAAAUAAAAUUUAUUAUAUUAUUAUUAUCUGAAUUUGUGUAGGGUUUCCUCCUUCUCCUGAAUAUGUCCUGUGAUGCAGCAGGUAUGGAUUUCUUGUCAGGGUUUAUGCCCAAAGCCUUUCUCAUGAAUGAGUAUAACCACAAGGCAGUGGAGGUUUAGGAUCAGAGUUUCCUGCUCCUAGAUGGGCUGCCUUCCCAGGUUGAUGAUCCCCAUCUGCCCCUCAUUUCCCUCUACAGCACGUGCAGAAAACACAUUCUUGACCAUUGUGUCCACUAUUGGUUUCCUCCACUUAAUCUGCCAGAGCCUGUCUUCACAUGCAGGGGAAGUCCCAUUGGGUACCCUCAUGUGGUUAAGCUGGCCAGUCAAAGCCAUUUCUGGGGUGUGGCCGCUGUCACAUGCCAACAGCUUCAAGGAGCCACAGGAGAGAGCUGGGUGGGGAUCAAAGGUGGACAAACUACCCCAGAAGGAGCACAGAAUUGUAGAGUUAGAUUAUGAGGAUAGUCUAGUCCAACCCCCUGCAGUGUAGGAAUAUUUUGCCCAACGUGGGGCUCAAACCCACAACCCUGAGUCUCAUGCUUUAUCAGCUGAGUUAUGUUUCCUGCUGAGGGAAAUGGCUGUUUCCCAUGAGGUUGGACCCUCAGUCGUGCCAGAAAUUCAGAGCUAAUAUGAGGGUAAUUAGUCCUGCCAACCUCUCCUGGGUAGGAGAGGGCUGUCUCACCCGCGGAGUCCGUUAUCUGGCCGCUGCUGCAACUACAACAACAACAAUUUAUUAUUUGUACCCCGCCCAUCUGGCUGGGUUUCCCCAGCCACACUGGGCGGCUUCCACAAAGACCAAAAAUACACUAAUAUGUCAUCCAUUAAAACAAGAUGUGGCGGCAGAGGACUUUGGGUGCCAAGCCUGGCACAGAAACUGGGCACUCUCUGGAGUCAUUCUCUAGAGCAGGGACACCUGUUUCUUAAAAAUUAAUAAGAUUUGGCUAAAAACAGGCGUAUUCUGGACUGAAGGAGAUAAGGGAAACAAUCUGUGGAACUGCAGAGUUCACCUUAUUGAGUUCUCCUUAUUUGGUAUUACUACUUUCUUUCUUUUGCCUUUUCCUUGCUUCUUUUUCCCCACUGUAAUCUCACCAUUUUAUUGCUUCUUAUUGGGGUUUUUUAAAUUAAGAACUAUUUAGUAUUGCAUUUUUGUACAUGUUGUAUCUAUUGUGUUUUCUUUUUUUUUGUACAUUUUUAUUGAUUUUUUAACAUAUCAUUUCCAACAAUCAUUUAACAUAAAUUCUUAUCUUAUACAAUAUUUUAGACUUCCAUCAACAGCCUCUGAAGAUUUUCCAUACUUUGUCAUUUAUUCUGUAUUUCUUAGAAUCAUAGAAUCAUAGAGUUGGAAGAGACCACAAGGGCCAUUCUCUAUUACUUUUAAUUAUCAUUAACUAUUAAUUCUCUUCAUAAUCUUCAUUGCGAUAUUUCACACAUUCCUCCUUACAGAACUUCUUGAAGUCCUACUAGCAUAAUCUGUUUAUUACAAUUGCUUUUUAAAUAGUUCAAAUAUUUACUCCAGUCUUCUAAGAAUCUCUGAUCCCGCAGGUUUUGAAUCCUUCCUGUUAAUUUAUCUAAUUUUGCAUAGUCCAUUAACUUCAUUUGCCACUCUUCUUUGUCGGUAAUUCUUCUUGUUUCCAUUUCGUAUCUAUUGUGUUUUCAGGUGCUCAACAAGAGGACUACUACUUGAGGAUUUGGCCAGAAAAGCCUGUAGUGAAGUAUGGAGAUUCCAUGGUAUUAAACUGCAGUUCCAACUGUGUGAACAUUGGCUUGGAGACCAGCUUACAGACCGUUGCUGCAGGGACUGGGCCUACUUGGAAAGCCUUCAAUCUCACCAGUGUUACUGAGUGGGAACCAAAGCCGUUGUGUUUUGCUACCUGUGGGGGGACAGAGCCGAAAUAUCAGAGGAUAACCACCACAGUUUACCGUAAGUCAUAUACUGGGCAGUGCUGGAAUAAUCAUUCACUAAGGGCAGAGGAUUUGGAGCGCUGCUUGGCUUGAAGGUUAUUCAGUGGAAAAUAGGAGGGACAUGGAUUCAAAUUCAGCAAGAGGCCAGGAAAGAAAGUGGCUGGCUACUAUCCUGAGCAUGCAAAGCUGCUUUCUGAAUCCACAUAACCCGGUAAUCUCACUUGGAGUGACUGUCCAGGGGAGCAGGUAGGGAUCUCCUGCACAGUCAUUUGUGAUCCUGGAAUGGGAGCCCUGUCUUCAGGACUGUCUCCCCAGAGUAGUUCACUGUGGUGCUGACGCUUUUGCAUUUUCAGCACCAGCAGGAUACUUCUGUAUUUGCCCAGGCCUUUGGUUUCUCUUUUAUUUCCUCAUUUAAAUCUGCUUUGAAUGCUGUUGAUGUUUACUUCUAUGUUGCUGCACUGCAAUUCCUCCCGUUAUUAUUAUUUGUUCGAUUCUAUUUAUGAAUUACUUCCUAUAAAGCACCUCAAAGCAGUUUAACAGCAGAAAGAAAGAAAGAACAAUUUGAAAUGCAGUGCAGCUAUAGAGUGUUUUUAUUAAAAGAGCUUUGUUUUUAUGUUUUUGUUUUUUAAGCUGCCCUGGAAGUUUCCUUGUAAAGUGAAAGGCAGGUGCCAACCUCAAAAGCCCCGAGCAGCUUAGAGCCACUUGCCCAGAGGUUGAGGUUCCCUUCCAAGGCCCAGCUGCUUGCCCCACCUCAGAGUUGGGCGAACUUUUUCCAGCCCAAGGGCUGCAUUCUUUUCUGGACAGCCCAGGGGCACUACCAGUGGUGGACAGUGGGUGGAGAAAUUAAUGUCCAAUUUACACUCAUGCAUCUUCUCUAUCCUCCAUCCAGACAAGGAAGAGACAUCCAAGUUCAAGGACAUAUUCCAAACAGGCAAAAUCAUUCAGUGAGGCUUCAGAGCUGGGCUGGUGAGGGGCAUGGUCUGGGGAAAGGGGCUGCAGCUUGAGGAGAGUUCUGAGAACCAGAUAGAGAAGCCUGGAGGGUUUACCCGCCAUCGAAAGAAGUUCACUUGCUGAGAACAAGGGGCAGGACCUUGUUGCGGUAGCCCCCAAGUUAUAGAAUUCCCUUCAUUGCCCCAUCCUUGAUGACGUUUUAGUCAACAGUGGAAAUGUCUGUGCCUUGAAGAGAUACAUUCUGCAACCUGUAAAUAUUAUGUAAAUUAAUCAAAUGGGCAUGCUUCCUGCCACUUUUAAUAUUUUGCAUAAUUCAGCCUGCUGUGGCGUGCCCGGAAGCUUUGUCCUUUCUUAGCUCUUAAUGGCUUUGCCCAAGUCAGCCCUCUCUGUCAGCCCCACUUGGUUCCCAAGCAAAAUUAUCUUUGCAAAGGCAGGAGGGAAGACGGCAGUGGGGUGCGAGGGGCUGCCUAGUUGAAGCAGAGACCUCAUGGGUCUCAUCCUUAAGGUCUGGACACACUGCCCCCUGGUCCUGAGAUGCCCGGGAGGGAUCGCUCCCAAGACUGGCAUAGAAAGAAACACAGAAUGUGUAGCCUUUCUUUUUCCAUUACUUCUGAAUUUUAUUAACCAAUGAAGAUUGGGUGGUAUUUGAUUCUCAGUUCUUUAUGCAUUUUUUUAUUGAUAAAUUGCUUUGACAUGUUUCAUAGGAAGUGAUCUGUAAAUGAAAUAACUUAUUAUCAUUACUUAUUUCAUUUCUAUACUGCAUUAUUUUUAUGGAAAAAAAUCUCAAACUUGGUUUACAACAUUUAAAAAACAACAACAAUCCAGAAUAAAACAUUAUUGAAGAAAGUCAAAUCAAUAGGAUUUAUCACUUUUUAUUCUGUUCCAGGAGCUCCGGAGCGCGUAGUGUUGGAUCCGCUGCCCGAGGUGGAGGUGGGUAAGGAGUAUAAUGUGACUUGCCGAGUUUUCAAUGUUGCCCCCAUCCGGAACCUCACCGUGACCUUGUAUCAAGGGGAGAGAAGGCUGUAUGUGGAGACCUUUGAGGACCACAGGAAUCCUGAAGCCGGCAGUGUUGUGGUGACAAGCAACAGCAUCACCGCUCAGCAGAAUGACCACGGGGAGGAAGUCACCUGCCGCGCAGUUCUGGACCUGAGGCCGGAAGGGCCCUUCUUGGAAAUGGAUUCCCUCAGCAAAUCGCUGGAGACUGUUGGUGAGUUCACAUCAGAGGCCCCACAUCCUCUAAAAGAAGUGGGCACAAUGGCAAAAGAAGCAGAUUCAUUGACUGCUAAUGGGCAUAAAUCCAAGCAGAAACUCUGGAGGUAAUGGAACCCCCCCUGCAUUGUCACUCCCCCAUACAGAUCCCCUUGGGUGUCAGAAAGGACACUCUUUCUUGCUUCUGUUUUGCAUCCAUGAUGGAUCUAUUUCAUUUUCAUUUAUGCAAUGGCAUUGUGGUGCAGACAGGGCUACUGUAUCUGCAAGGCUGGGGGUACUGAAUGAAACUGCAACUGGUUGUAAUCUUUUUGGUAUAGGUGGCUACCUGUAAUUUUGCUUAUGAUUUAUUUCCAUAUGCCGCAAACCAGAGAGGGCAGUAAGUCCAUGGAAGCCAACUAACACCGAAGCCAACUGAGCAGGCUUGAUGUUCAUUGGGCUGGUUGGAUAUCUUUACUGCCUUCCUUUGUUUUUUGGGAAAGCUCACUUGUUUUAACUUCUGCAAACCUCUAGUUUAUUUCUUCAGUAGCUUUGUUUUCAUUUCUGUUGGCAUCAGUGGUCACUGCCUGUUUAUGGGAGUGAUAUCUCUUUUCAUAACUGAUAUGAUUUCUUUCAUGGUUUUCACAGUUUUCCCCAUGGACCCAUAUCUUCAGACUUUGGGCUCUGUAGAGAUCAAUACUAGCAUGCCUGUGGAAUGUGAGGUGUCUGGACUUUUUCCGGUUCAAAAGGCAGCGUUUCAGCUGUUCUUUGCAGGGGAGAGAUUGAACUCCAGCAACCACAUAUCGGGGCACAAAGUGAGUGCCCAGGCUCAGGUGACCUCAAUAUCAGCAGGAGAACAUCAGUUGAUCUGCAUUGUCUCUCUGGGGCCAGUGACCAAAACUGCAGAGAGUACUGUGAAUGUUUACAGUGAGUAUCAUAUCUGGAUUUCAUAGAAUCAAAAUUGUAGAGUUGGAAAUGACCCGAGGAUCAUCUAGUCCAACCGCCUGCAAUGCAGGAAUCUCAGCUCAAGCAUCCAUGACAGGUGGCCACCCAACCUCUGCUUAAAAACCUCAAAUGAAGGAGAGUCCACCACCUCUCAUGUUUCGCUGUCAAACAGCUCCUACUAUCAGAAACGUAUUCCUGAUGUUUAGUCGGAAUCUCCUUUCUUGUAACUAGAAACCAUUGGUUCAGGUCCUAGCCUUGGGAGCAGGAGAAAACAAGCUUGCUCCAUCUUCCAUGUGACAGCCCUUUAGAUAUUUCAAGCUGGCUAUCAUAUUUCUUCUUAGUCUCCUCUUCAGCAGGCUAAGCCUGAGCUCAUUCCACCAGCAUUUGUUGGCCCACCACCUAUAAAGCACAGUCCUUUGCAGUGGGGCUGCCAGGCAUAGGCCUUCCCUGCAUGCCUGUCAAAAUGACAGACAUUUGGCUCCCAUUAGUUAACAGCCUUUCAACAUGCAAUUCUAGGGAACAGAGUCUGGCCAACGUCUCCACACCAAGAGGGGGAUGAUGUAUGGGUUGAGCAACAGACUGGAGCUUUCCUGCCUGUCCAAAAAAGCAUCUAGGUCAGUUUGUCUGGCCCAGCUGGAUGCUUCCAGGAAGCCCACAAACAGUAGGGAAAAGAAACAGCUUCCCCUGCCCCUCCUGUUUGUCCCUAGCAUCUGGUACCCUGCCUGGCACAGGUACACUGCCUCUACAGGGAGUGGGUGGCGCUGUGGCCUAAACCACUGAGCCUCUUGGGCUUGCUAAUCAGAAGGUCAAAUCCGCAUGAUGGAGUGAGCUCCCGUUGCUCUGCCCCAGCUCCUGCCAACCUAGCAGUUUGAAAGCAUACCAAUGCAAGUAGAUAAAUAGGUACUACUGCAGUGGGAAGGUAAAUGGUGUUUCUGCAUGCUGUGGCUUCCAUCAUGGUGUUCCAUUGUACCAGAAGUGGUUUAGUCACGCUGGCCAUAUGACCCAGAAAACUGUCUGUGGACAAACGCCGGCUCCCUCAGCCUGAAGCAAAAUGACUGCCGCAUCCCAUAGUCGCCUUUGAUUGGACUUAAGCGUCCAGAGGUCCUUUAUCUAUUACCUGUUACCUUUUUUACACUGCCUCUAAGCAUGGAGAGCUCUAAGCUAUUUCACCAUCAUGGCUAAAACCUGCCAAUUUACCUCAAGCCUAUUUUAAAAAUUCACCAAAAUUUUUAACUUGAUAGGGUUUAGCUCAUGGUGUAAUAAUUAUAGUCAGUCAAGCAAUCUAGAUAUGUAAUGGCUGUUCUGCUACAUUCUCUUGCAGGUUUGCCCAAACCCACCCUGCACAUUGACCACCCCCAAAUCCCUGUCAACACAAAUGUGUCAGUUAUGUGCAGGUCUGAUGGCUCCAAGUCCCCUGGUGUUGUCAUGCGCAUCAGUGACACCAAGGAGAUCUUACUAUCCGGAGAUGGUCCUUCUCUGCAGUAUUCACUGACGGCCCAGGAAGAGGAUAAUGGGAGGCAAUUCAUGUGCAAAGUGGAGCUGAAAGUUGAUGGGCACUCGGUUGUGAAAGAGACAGCUGCAAAUCUCACUGUCUUCUGUGAGUAGGAAAUGCUCUUCUGAACAAUAUUUUAUUUCUAGAGAUUCAGAACUCUUCGCAUUAUGCAACAAAGAAUAAAUAAAUUAUGCAGUGGGAAUGAAUGAUCCAACCUGUGCAGCUUGUUGUCCAUAUAUAUAGGCCUAGUUCUGCGUGAGGCAGCUUGUGCUUGGACUGUACCACUUCAGACUGUAGACAGGGGCUCACAUGACUGAGAGCUAUCUUAUACAUGGUGGUUGUUGAUUUAUUUAUAUUCCGAUUUUUCUCCUGACAGAACUCAAGGCAGCUAACAGAUAAAAAUAAGAACCACUAAAAACACAGGAAAAAAACCCCAAUCAUUAAAAAAACAAUUAAACAUUGGUAGAAUUAAAACCGCACACACACAAUUAAAACAUACAAAUAAUUACAACAAAAACAGCACAACAAUCAAUCCCUGCACUUCAAAAACAGGCCUGGCCUUCUCCCGUAUAUGCUGGUUUUUAAUCUUUUGUUUGCAUCAUGUAGCACUGAGUCAUGUCAGCCCCCACUAUCGCCUGCCUUCUAAAGUGGUGCAGACCAAAUAUAGAUAUAGCUCAUCAUUGGGAUCAGUGUGAUAUAUGCACAAUUUGUGGGGUUAAUUAUUGUGUAAGGUUAAUUAAUUAAUUUCCAUGAAUGAGAAAAUAAGGGUUAGGGAAAUUGCUUGAGAAGCCGGCCUAUAAAACGGGAGGUUAUUCUUGGAAGCCAUCAGGUCUUUCCUACCCAAGCACAGGUCCUAUAGCCGUAAUUUUUCCCAGUGUAAGUUCCCAAUGCAUUUUCUCAAAUCUUGGAUCCACUUACACAACCUGAUCAACUCCUGAUUAUUCACAUCUGAUGUGAUGUUCGAUGCUGGGAGGAUUGUGUUUGGAUGGCCGGUUCUUUUUAAAGAGUGAAACCAGGGGCAGGGAGGGGCUGAUUCAGACCCGUGCCAUUUAGCUGGGAGUGUGUUAACCUCCCUCCCUCAACCAUUUCAUUGGUCCAAAUUGUCCCAGUGAGAGAUACUAAAUGGUGCGUGCAAGGGAUAUACUAGUACCUAUGAGUGUGUGUGUGUGUGUGUGUGUGCCCCCUCCAGUGCUGUGGUUCAAUCCCACCCCACCCCCUCCUGUGGUUUAUUUUAGCAUGUUUUCUUUAAGAAGAAAUAAUAAUUGUAGGACCGGAUUAUGGAUGUUAACUCUUGGCAUCAUAUCUGUUUUGACCCUGAAUGUAUGAACUGAGCUCAGCUGAAAUGCAUUUUGUGAUCUGAAGCGAUACGACAUUUCCGUCUGUGGUGCUUGGCCUCUGGUGGUUUAUUCACACAUGCAUCAUGCAGUGAAUACGGAUGCAUGGACUAGCCUUGGGAUUCUCAAGUUGCUGUGCAAGCUGCUAGACUGGAGCACCCAGGUGGCUUCUAGGAUCCAUGAGCAUCCUGUGCACGCUGCCUAAAGGGCACAAGAUUACCACCAAAUCUUAUGCGGUUUUGCAAUGAUGAAAUAAGAUGCUGCAAUUCAUCCCUUAUGGCCAAGGCAAAACAACCACGUUUGUCUUCUCCAUUCCAGAUGCGCCCCAAAUGAGUGAUUCUAGCUGCCCUGAUAAGUUGACCUGGAAGGACGGCAGUGAAGAGACCUUUAUCUGUUCAGCCUCAGGAAACCCACCACCAACUGUUGAAUGCAGGAAAGAUGAGGUGUCGUACAACAUUGGGAUACAGCAGCAAGUCACAAAAGAGCAUGGUGGCAUCUAUCAUUGCAAUGCCACCAAUGCCUACGGAUUUGAUGUAAGAGAUGUGAUCAUACACAUUGAAUGUAAGUUAACCUCCUUGUCCAAAUCGUCUUCCAAUGAAACACACACACACAAACACACACGAGAAGGAGAGAGAGAGAAAGAGAGAGACUCACAUGGUUUGGAUUUGUAGCAGACUGCCAAGAAUGUGGAAUUAUUUAAAAUUACUCUGCUAAAAAGCAGGACCAAAAUGUAGGUUAUAAAUUGAUCCCAAGGAGGCCAACAGAGAGAAUCUUCCUCAAUCUUUCUGGAUUGGAGAUAGUACACAGCUGGAUAUGGGAUGCCAAGCCGAGCCAGGCCACUGGCCAGGUUUUCUAACAACCCGCAGGCAUUAAUUGCACAGGUCCAAUGGAAAGACUCUUUUGGGUUUUGAUGUGAGUGCUGUUGAAAUCUUGCACACGCUUGUUGGCUCGCUGAACAGCUUUUGUCAGGUGCCAGCCUCUGGAAGUCGCAUAUUCUCAGCCUCAAAAAUCAGAGACGACAGUGGACCAACAUAAAAGUGUGCACUUACCACAGGUAAUAGUGAUGCCUUCAAGUUCCCAAAUCAGUGGACUUGACUCUUCUGACACUUGCUCCUGUGUUCCCUUUGAUAGGCCAGUGCUUCAUAACCUCCAAUUUGUGUGUAGCCUACACAAAAUUCCACUUUUGGAAAUGUGCAGAUUAGCUCAAUUGUCUUAGCAUUUCAAUUUGCAACCAGACUUCCAACCCUUAAAAUACCAGGAACUUCCAGAAAGCAGCUAGUUUUGGAGGAAUAGUCACAUCUAGCAUUCAACAGCAACACAAGUGUAGGAAUCACCAGAGGUCUUAAAGCUAGCGAAAGAGGCAAGAAUCUCUGUGGUCCACUGGUCCAGGCUCAUUUACUUGAGCUUUUGGUGUUUAGCAACCUACAUGUCCUUUCAAUCAUGAGGGCUUGAAUUUUGCCCUUUAAAAAGCAAAGCUGUGUGUGUUCUGCAGAUUUGCAGCCCUGCAGAAUUCUUAGGCCCAUAACCUUAACCCACUUGUCUUUGCCUUUCACAGCUUACCAGCCUGACAUCCUUGGAAUCAUAAUUGGGAUUCUCUGUGUAGUGUUUAUUUCUUCUGCAGUAGGGGUGGCUUAUUACAUGCACUACAGAAGUAAGAUCAAGAAGUAUCACCUAAGACGGCGGCAGCAGCAAGUAACGGGAAGCCCCAUGGAGCAAAAGUGCCUGAAUGGCAACGUAUAGUCUGUGAAUGUUUAAGUGGACAGGUGGCUGCUAUAAACUGAAGAGGAACUUGAGCCCAUGCCAGCAAGUUGCAGUUGUUAUUCAGGUUCAUCCUCCCCACUUAGCCAGUGAUCAGGGGGAGAAAAUGGGAAAGCAUUCUUGAGAUGCUGAACAACUGAUGGGCAGUGCUCCAACUGGACUUUGUCUUAAGGAGUGUGAAUGGUUUCUGCACUUUCAGAAAAAGACUUGUGAUCAGAAACUUGUCCCUUUUAUGUUUUCUUAAAACCUUCUCUUCCAUCCAAGCCUUGGAAUCUUGAAGUUUUGAGAACCGGAAUGUUGGACUCUCAUGCUUACACGUCAGGAGGGGGUAAAAGCUGCCAGAGCAUAAGCUUUGAGAGAUAGCUGACAACAUUCAGUUACUCAGUAAGAAGCAACACAAAGAGUUCAGGCAGGUGUGUUGAAGGCGGAAGGAUGGAAGAGCCUCAUUAAGGAUGGACCAUUUCCCCAGCAAUGGAUGCUUUCAGAACUUAGAUUUUCAUUCCUGCAGUGUGAAAUGAAGUGUCUGCCUGGAUCCUUCACCUCGCCCCACUGGGACUAUAAGCCGGCAAGAUCAUGAUUGCAUUUUGCAUUGUGAAAACAACUGUCUCCUUCUUGGACCAUCCAAGCUCUUCCAGGGUGCAAUCUGGCACCAGUUGGGUCUUAAAGGAAAGCCAAGAUUCUUAUGUGGUGGCAUAGUCAACAUAAAAUGGUUUUUUAUCAUGACCCAUGAACUCAGGAUUCUCUUCUUUAAAGAUACUACAUGUCAUAACUCGUAAGAAAACUUGUCUUUUUCAGUGUCAGGCCAGGCUGAAGUCUUUAAUGUGAAGGAUAUGAGAAUGGUUUAAAAAUAAUGUAUGCUUUUAAAUGACUGCUGAAAAAUGCUGGGUCAUGUGUUUCCACAUGCUCAGUUUUUCCACACUUCCCCAAGUUUAAAGUGUCAUUUUUGCACAUGUGGCUCAAAGCCACAUUUAUAUGUAAAAACACCAACAAAAUCUGCUUUGUGAAUUAUGCUUUAUGGGUGUAUGCCUAAAAUGUAUGAAAUGGUCUACAUACAUUAGAAUAGGAGGAAAGCGCUCUUGCAGAACCUUGAACUUGUCAUCUAGAUUUUUUAAAAGGACUCCUUGUUUUAAAUCUAACCUUGUAUAGGAGAAUUACGCCACUGUUUCAAAAAUCUUUGAGCUUCUAUUCUGGAGGCUGAGCGCCCAAACAGCAAGUGAAUUGAAGGGACUGCAAGUUAAUUUUCUUGCAUCAAAACCUAGCAAGUCAUUCUCAAUGAAUUUAUUUUUAUGUUCUUGUCUUAUUGCCUGGAGAAUAAAAUUGUUUGUUAAAUUCUGUUCAUGCCAUCUCCUGAAUGAAUGAAACUUUCACUGCAGCAUGGUGAGUCUCUGUUACCAGGAAGAACUGCAGACUGCUAACAGUAUGUGGGACACGGUGUCUUCUGAGAGGCAGACGGCAUAUGCUGUGAUUAUGCUUCCUUAGCUGCUCUGUCAGUUAUCAUGCAACCAUAUAUAAAAAUGGGAAUGCUCUGAAUUUAAAAUUCAAGGAGAUUUCACUAUUAUUAUUCUGUAGACUUUCCAUAGCUUAGACAUGAGAGAUUUUUAAUAAUAGUAAUAAUUAAUAACAAGAAUAAUUUAUUAUUUAUACCCCACCCAUCUGGCUGGGUUGCCCCAACUACUCUGGGCGGCUCCCAACAAUUAAAAGCACAAUAAAAUUUUUAAGAGGUUUAACCCCGCAAAUAAGUCAUAGAAUCGUGUAACUGUAGAGUUGGAAGGAAUCCUGAGUGUCAUCUAGUCCAACCACCUGUCAGUAAAAGAACACCUGGGAGGCACUGAUACACCAACUUUCUAAAGUGGCUUCAUGCGUAUUUCAAGGCUGGAUUGCUGCAAUGCUGUAUGUGGGGCUUCGCUGGCACUUGGUCUGGAAGCUGCAAGACAGUGCAGGAUGCUGCAGCACAAUUGCUGGCAGAAGAGACGCCUCGUCAGCAUAGAGCACCUCUGCUCAGAGAUCUGCGCUGGUUGCCUGCUCGCUACCAGGCCAAGUUCAAGGUGUUCCUAUUAGCAUAUAAAGUCCUUAACAACUAGGGAUCAGUUUACAUCUGAGAUCAUCUUGCCCCACAUAUGACCGCUUGACCACUUCUGUUGGCAGAACUGGCACCUUCACAGAGGCUGCACAUGACCCACAUCUGUCAGCACUUGAUUUUUUAGUGUGGCAGCACUAACACUGGAACGCCCAGCCUCUUGCUCUCAGGCACCUUCACUGUAGUCCUUUCAGCACCUGCUGAAGAUGUUCUUAUUUAGACAAGCCUACCCACAUAUUCUGAAAGUUUGUCUAUUUUACUGUAUAUUCUUCUGUAUAUUUUAAAUUAUGGUUGUUAAUUUUUUUAAGAGAUAAUUUUAUUGUUCUAUCUUUUUUUGUAAACCACUUUGGGGUUUCCUACAGUCAAGCAGUAUAUACAUUUUAUGAAAUAUGUAAAUAAAAUUAAUAAAUGGGGAGGCAUGGAGAGGGAGGGGGAAGCCCUGUUGUUAUUUUAAAAAUUGUUUUAUUAAACAUUUUCUUGGGUUACAUAAGUACAUACAGUGUCUCUGUUUCCAGUUUUCUGUUUUCUUUUCUACAGAUCGUUUAUAUUUGAUGUGAGACAGUAACGUUUUAGAAAAGAUAAGGUUGGGAAAAGCCCUGUUAUGCAUGUGGAAGGCCUUGCCUAGGACUUCUGCUGAUGGAACUCAUCAGCUGCAUCCUGCCCAGGGUCUUACACCUGCUCCUGCUGCCCCUGAAAAGGAGCCAAAAAAUCCUGAAACCACAUCACCUGCAGGGCCUAAUUUUGGGGCAACCUAUGAUGUGAGCAUUCAAUCUUCUGGCUGUAUUACAAUUAUUUUUAUUCAAGGAAAUAAACAUCUAUCUGACUUUUAGAAGAC